UUAUCAUAUAGUAAAUAUCCUAUCAAUUUCCUAUUUCAUUGGUGCCUAAUCUUGUACAAGUGCACAUACAUGUAUGAAACUAUAAAAUAGCUCUGCAGUUUGGAGCUUCUGUGGACAAAAUGAGGUUCUUGCUCUUACUGGUCUUUUAUCAUGGACACAAUGGUGUUUUUUCUUCUGCGCCUCCUCCUAUGAUGGAUAGUGACAAUUUAUUGUUGGAUGAAUCCAGCUAUUACCAACUCUACGGAAAUGGCUUACCUCUUGAUGGCAGUACGAACGUUACUAUGGACUACGCCGGGAACAGACCUGGGAGUGCGACUAACACCCACAGUUGCGCCAGUAUCAGGGGAGUGCCUAGUUUCCUGCGGAGCAGUGCACAUAUGUUUCCCCGGGGACUGUCCACCUUUUACCAGAAAUAUACUGAAGCAUAUGGCAUUCCAGUUGUCAGUUCAAGCAGAGUUAGUAACAAUGCUCUUCAGAGAGCCUGUUAUGUGUUGAGAUUCAUGCUGGCAGACAGAUACGAUGUAAGAAACGCUUUCUACAAGAGUGGUGGUCGAGUUGCUCUGAUUGGAAUCAACGAAGGCACCACCAGCAUUCCCGAACACAGUUUCCUGCCAGCCUGGUGGAACCAGCGUGCCAGGGGUCUAGGAGCAACAAGAGCACUCCCAAUCUCCACAGCGGGAGAAGAAAAUGCUCUUUGCUUGUCCAGCGAUCGUUAUCGGGCUCAAGAUAUCAACCUUCAUGAAUAUGUACAUGCGUUGCAUCUUAUUGGGGCAAAUGUUGCAAUACGCGGAUUUCACAGCCGACUUACUGCAUUGUAUAACUCCGCGAGAGCAGCUGGAAGAUGGGCAAAUACGUACUCCAUGAGCACAGUCCAAGAAUAUUGGGCAGAGGGUGUUCAGAGCUACCACAACGUAAACCGCCACGUCGCCCGGCCUGAUGGUGUAGCAGGGCCGAUCAGUAACAGAAACGCAUUGAGGAAUUACGACCCAGCCCUGUAUAACAUCAUCCGAGAAGUCUUUGCUUGUGAUAACACCUACAUCAAAAGGUGCACAAAGAGUAGAAGUGCAGAAGCAAAUCAGAGGCUUAAAAUGAACUGCAGGGGAGGUGGGGGAGGAGGCGGCGGAGGAGGAGGUGGCGGAGGAGAAAUUACUACUAGAAAUCCUCCACGCACAGUUCGUCCACCCCCAACAGCACCCCCUUCAGGGUGUGAGGACAAGAAUCGAUACUGUGGGGUAUGGAGAAACUACUGUCAAAGUAAUCACUAUGUGAAAAACAAUUGUAAGAAGAGUUGCAACACCUGUAGCUCAGGAGGUAAUUGUUCGGACAAGCACCGUAAUUGUGCUUCUUGGGCUGGGAGAGGAGAAUGCAGGAUCAAUCCUGGAUACAUGCUUGUCAAUUGUCGGAAAAGCUGUAGUGUCUGCUAGAUUGGUGAAAUAUGUAGUGAUUUUUUUAUUAAAGAAAAUAAUAAAAGAAGUGCAAAAGCACCUGUCAGGGAGAAACCUGUGCAGCACAAAACAAUUCUUAGUUUUGUCCUUCAUUUUUCAAAAUAGGCCAUAAUUUAGAAAAUAGACUGGGGAAGUGGCCCUCAAUUAUAUUAAAGAUAUUAAAGAGCUUAUUGUCUCACAUAAAAAUGGGAAGAGUUAUUCAUAUGUAUGUCAAGAUGUAGUAAGGGCAUGAAAAUAUACA